UACCAAAUAUAAUCCAAGCAGAUUAACAGAGCGUUUGGGUGAUUGGCAUUUGGCACAAUCACUCCCAAGGAAAACGAAGAUCCUACUAAUCAGCAAAGCUUCUAUGAGCAAGUGAAUCCUAGACCUUGGCAAUAGCCUGAAACUCAAAGACAAUCACUCUCUUUCGUUUUCUGGUCUCUAUAUCACUCUGUCUCUCCAAUGGAUCGAGCUCAGUUAGUUCUGGUUGCGUUACCAAUCCUUCUGUUCUGCAGAGACAUUUUCAACCUUUUCACACCUAGACCUCCAAAACCUACCCAGUAUCAUUAUCACCAGAUUGUUGAUCCUGACGAACCAGACCCUGAUCCCCAACCCGAACAGCAACAGAUUCUCCAAGAGCCGCUUAAAUUCCCAGUUCAGCAGAAAUCCGAUGGCAUUGGAGAAACUGGCAUAGGAAGCACCAUCAACAUUGAUUUUUGCACAUCUUGUUCUUACAGAGGAAAUGCAAUAACAAUGAAAAACAUGCUGGCAACAUCAUAUCCUGGGAUCACUGUAAUCCUAGCAAACCAUCCUGCUUCAUUUUCAAAACGUCUGCUGAGCAAAUUGGUACCAGUUGUUCAAGUAGGAAUCAUCGGGACGAUAUUGGGUGGUGAGCAAAUUUUUCAAAGGAUGGGGAUGGUGCCACCACCUUCUUGGUACGAGUCCUUGAAAGCUAAUAGAUUUGGGAGUAUUGCAAGCAGUUGGCUUUUGGGGAACUUCCUCCAAUCCUACCUUCACAGUACAGGAGCUUUUGAAGUCUUUUGUAAUGGUGAAUUGGUCUUUUCAAAGCUGAAGGAGGAGAGAUUCCCCAGUGAAAUUGAGUUGAGGGAUCUGGUCGGGAAGAAGCUUGCCAAUUUGAGAAAAACUCCAAAAGCUGAUAUCAAAUAAUACGGCUAUGAUAUGUCAUAGACAACUGUUUAUGACUAAUUUUCGAGCAUAGGAUCAACAAUGCCUCGUCUUUUAUUUUUCUUUGCAACAAGAGCAAGAGCUGCCAUAACUUUCGUAUGCUCUACACGUUGCACAAAGUGGAAUUGUAAAAAUUACCAACGAAACUGAUGAGCGUUAACUUCGCAGUUUUCAGAUUAUAAUUUUUGCACA